AUUUGUGUGUAGAACAGUACAGUUGGAGUACACGGUGUUAUUAGCAGAUUGUGGGCGUGGCAAUGCAACUGAAAGACAACAAGCAGAUCACGGCCUAUGUUCUAAUAUUGCUGCAGUUCUUUGGCUAUGUAAAAGGACGUCGUGGCAUUGGAGCCGGUGAGCAAGACUGGAAUUAUGUGGAGGUACGAAAGGGUGCCCAUCUCUUCUAUUGGCUGUACUACACGACGGCAAAUGUGAGUGCCUAUACAGAACGACCGCUAGUCAUCUGGUUGCAAGGUGGACCCGGCGUGGCCUCCACGGGUUGUGGCAACUUCGAGCAGCUGGGACCGAUGGACAUUGAGGGCAGACCACGUGACAGCAGUUGGGUGCAGUAUAUGAAUGUGCUCUUCAUCGACAGCCCGGUUGGCACGGGCUUCAGUUAUGUCGAGUCCCACGGUGAUUAUGCAAAGAACAACAAUCAAAUAGCUAGAGAUCUGGUCACACUGAUGGUCAGCUUUCUCAGAGAGCAUCCAGCAUUCCGUCAGGUGCCAUUGCAUAUAUUUUCCGAGAGCUAUGGCGGCAAGAUGGCGCCUGAGUUUGCCCUGGAACUGUAUCUGGCCAAAGAGCGAGGGAGUCUCGAGUGCCAGCUGAAGUCGGUGGUGGUUGGAAACCCAUGGACCUCUCCCUUGGAUAGCACCCUCUCCUAUGCCCCCUAUCUGCUUCAGCUGGGAAUUGUCGAUCACGAUGGUUAUAGCAGCAUUGCGAGGGUGGGCAAAAUUGCCCAGCUUGUAUACGCUGAGAAAUGGAUGCAGGUGAUCGAACAGAACGCGGACAUUCAGGAGCUGAUCAAGUUGCAUACGGGAGGCGUCUUUCUAUACAAUACACAGCGUCGUGUCCAUAUUGAUGAUGACUAUCGGUAUGGGGAGGAUCCCAAGCUUCGUGACUUUAUGAUCAAGAAUGUCACCCAGGCCCUCAAUCUCACCCACAUGUCCGAGUGGAUGGUGCAAAAUGGAACGGUCUUCAUCAAUCUGGGAGGAGACAUCUUCAAGCCUGCCAUACACAUAAUCACCCGUCUGCUGAAUGAGACGCCAGUGCGUGUGGGCGUCUACUCGGGAAUACUGGACAUGCUUUGUGCCACGCCCGGCACUGUCAACUGGAUCAAUCGAAUGCCCUGGCAUCGCAAGCAGGAAUAUGUGAGCUCCUACCGAAGCCCCUUCCGCAUCAAUGGAGUGCUGGAGGGUUACGAGAAGAAGGGCGGCGGCUUCAGCAUGUACUGGAUUUACCGAGCUGGACACACGGUCCAGCAGGAGAAUCCAGCGGCCAUGUCCCACAUUCUUCGUGAGUUUACCAACUUUGGCUAAUCAUUUUGUAGCCUUAAAUAAAAUGAAGUUGGAUCUGAAA